AUGCUGCGGCCUCGUAGUGUGCUGGCGUUUGUGCUGCUCGUGCUGCUGCCUGCAGCAGUGUCUUCUCUGGUCUACUUCGUAAACAAACUGAGCGGCGUCACCGCACUCGUGGUAGGCGCACUCUCCAGUUUCGCUCUCUGCGACAUGUGGUACUUUCUGCGGAUAGGGAUGACGUCGCUUCCACUUGGACCAAAGCGUGGACCUCGUUGCCACUUAUUCGCUACAAACAUCGUCACUGGCUUUGUUGGUCUUACGGACAUUGAUCGCAAUGGACACUGCAAUAACGCGCGCGUCUUGCGCGAGUGCGGUUUCGGACGCCGCGAGCUGUGGCACCGCAAUGGCGUAUGGGACGUUAUGGUCAAAUCGGGUAGCAAUUUCGUCGUUGGCGCGCAGACAGUGCGGUAUCGGCGGGAGCUGUCGUUCGGCCAAGUCUACACGAUGCAGUCGCGACUCAUUUGCUGGGACGCGCGUGCUUUCUAUAUCGAACAGCGCUUCGUGACCAAAGACGCGAGCAGGAAUGGGUUCGUGAACGCCAUUGUGCUCGUAAAGAACACGGUGGUAGGUGCACUGAGCCCCGAGCAGAUUGUCAGCAAGCUUCCAGCUCUAGAGGCUGACGAAGAGACGAAUCCGGCCAUGCCCGCAGACAUUUCAGCCUGGAUCCAGAGCAACAAUGCUUCUAGCAGGAUGAUUCGUUCCGAAGCUGCUAUUUGA